GCGUGACAGGGUUUGUGUUCAUGUGUAGGGGGUGGAGCCGGGGAGCAAUGGCUGGUGCUGUUCAUGGAAGAGCUGAUCCGUAUUGAUAUGUCCGGAUUCUGGGGCAAAAAUUGAUUUAAUCAGCAAGUAUGGGAGUUCAAGGACUGUGGAAGCUGCUUGAAUGUUCUGGAAGACCGAUAAAUCCUGAGACAUUAGAAGGGAAAAUCCUUGCUGUCGAUAUAAGUAUUUGGCUGAAUCAAGCGGUGAAAGGCGCAAGAGACCGCCAAGGAAAUGCCAUCCAAAAUGCUCAUCUUUUGACAUUAUUCCAUCGACUUUGCAAGUUGUUGUUUUUUAGAAUACGCCCUAUUUUUGUAUUUGAUGGUGAAGCCCCUCUCCUGAAGAAACAGACUCUGGCAAAGAGGAGACAGAAGAAGGAUUUUGCUGCCAAUGAAGCUAAGAAAACAAAUGACAAGUUGCUGAAGACCUUCUUGAAAAGACAAGCCAUUAAAGCAGCUUUGUCUGGAAACAAGAAAAGCAAUGAGGAGUUUCCAAGUGUUUCACAAAUACGAAGAAAAGAAGAGGAGGAUAUGUAUGCUCUAGCCCCCUUAGAAGAGAAAGCAAGAAAUAGUUCUGAAGAGGAAGAAGAUAGAGAAUGGGAGGAGAGAAUGAACCAGAAGCAAAUCCUUCAGGAAGAAUUUUUUGCUGACCCACAUUCAGUGGAUAUAGACUCUGAGGAUUUUACCAGCCUUCCUCCUGAAGUGAAGCAUGAAAUCCUGACUGACAUGAAGGAGUUCACCAAGCGAAGAAGGACAUUGUUUGACACCAUGCCAGAGGGCUCUGAUGAUUUCUCCCAGUAUCAGCUGAAAGGGCUACUGAAGAAAAACGAUUUGAACAAGUGCCUCAAUAACGUGCGGAAAGAGAUGAACCAGCAGUAUGUGGGGGAGGUCCGUGCUCAGUUUGAGACAGAAGGGGGAUUUAUGAAAGAGGUUGAAUCUAACCGUCUGAUCUCAGAGGACACUGCUCAUUAUAUUCUAAUUAAAGGGAUUCAGUCAAAGCCUAAAGAUGAAAAGGAGGAUAACGCAGAAGAAGCAACACCCUCUAGUUCACAUAACACAAGUCCAAAAACAUACCUUGAUUUUAAGUUGGCAUCUGCUCACAAACCUAAGAAAACAAUGGACUCUGUUCCUGAAGCUGCACCACCCUCGCCAAGGACACUGUUUGCUAUCCAAGAGGCGAUGUUAGAGAACAGCUCUGAUGAGGAAGUGCAUGAUAAUAAGGAUAACAAAAAGGACCCUUCCGAGUCUGUCUGUGCCGUAGAUGGCAGUGUCUCACCAAGGACCCUACAUGCAAUUCAACGGGCUCUUUCCGAGGAUGAAGGAAUGGUGAACAAAAAGAGGUCUAUUGAGAUAAGUGAUGAAGAUCAGGAACGGCCAAGAGCUAAAGUGCUGAUUAUCAGCAGUUCAGAUGAGGAGGAUGAUUCUAUAGUCACUCCAUAUGGAGCACAAACAAACCCUAUCGUAGCUCUUACAAGAGCUGAAUUUUCACCAAAUCCUGCCCAGAAUAAUACAAGUGCUAUCCACGAGACAUCGCCGCUUUAUUCGGUGCCUAUUCUGAAACCCAGUCAACCACUUCAAAAACUGUCUGGAUCACCAGUAGAAGGAGUAGAUUUCAGGGCACAUGUAGUAAAGAGAAAUCUCUUUCAUUCACAGGGCACACCUUUGACAAAUCUUUCAAGUGGUUUUGAUGCAUGCUCUCCUAUGAAGCCGUCUCUGGCAUUGGAGAGCCGCCAACUAGAUGUAGAAAGUGCCAUCUCCAUUUCUUCUAAAACAGACACCAUCAAUCUAAAAAACCAUAGCCAACCUGAUGUUCAUACAGUUGGCAGUGAAAGAAAUCUUCAGAUAGCAACUGGUCAAGUAACACGCAGCAUCUAUGUACCUCUGGUGUCUACAUCAGGGCUGUUGUCUGCAGCCAACAAGCCGGCAACUGAAGUGAACACUGAAGACCACAGUCCACUGAUUGUGGCCCUACAAGAUCAAAAUGUCACCGAGUCCAAAGUGGAGGAUUUGGGCAGUCGGCAGUCUUCUUCCAAUAAUAUUCCAGACAUUGCUUAUGUCCCAAUGACUCCAGAAAGUAUUCCCGCUACUGAGGGAGAGUCAGACAUAGAAGAAAAAGUGGAUUCUGAUUCUGAUAGUAGCUUCAUUGAAGUAGAGAGUGAAUUGGAUGAUGGAAACUCCCAGUUGGUACAGGCCCCAGAAACUUCCAAGGGUUUUGUUCCUGUAAUAACCAUUACGGAAUCUAAUGCUACCGUUACCUCACAGAGCUCUGGCACAAAUAUAGAGGAAGCUUUUGCAGAGAUUGACCGUGAAGAUGACCGUCCUGUUGUAAUUCAGCCGAAUGAAGAAUCAAGAGAUGAAGAUGCAGUCAAUGAUUGGCAAGACAUAAGUAUGGAUGAACUGGAGACAUUGGAGAGUAAUCUAUUUGUUCAGCAGACCUCCCUCCAGGCACAACGGCAGCAGCAGGAACGUGUGGCUGCAUCUGUUACAGGACAGAUGUAUCUAGAAAGCCAGGAGCUCUUGCGUCUGUUUGGCAUCCCGUAUAUUGUUGCCCCUAUGGAGGCUGAAGCACAGUGUGCAGUUUUGGAUCUAACUGACCAGACUUCAGGGACUAUCACAGAUGACAGUGACAUCUGGCUCUUUGGGGCUCGACAUGUCUACAAACAUUUCUUCUCUCAGAAUAAAUAUGUGGAGUACUACCAGUUUUCUGAUAUUCAGAAUCAGCUGGGCCUGGAUCGUACUAAGCUUAUUAAUUUAGCUUACUUGAUGGGAAGUGACUAUACCGAAGGAAUACCCUCUGUUGGCUAUGUGUCUGCCAUGGAAAUACUGAAUGAAUUUCCUGGAUAUGGGCUGGAGCCUCUGCUGAAGCUUAAAGAAUGGUGGGCAGAAGCUCAAGCAAAUAAGAAAACUAGACCUAAUCCAAAUGAUACCAAAGUAAAGAAGAAGCUUCGGGAUCUAGAGCUUCACCCUGGCUUCCCUAACAAGGCAGUAGCCGAUGCAUAUCUAAAACCAGUGGUAGAUGAGUCCGAAGGAGCUUUUUCCUGGGGGAGACCAGACCUGGAACAAAUACGAGAAUUCUGUGAAAGCCGUUUUGGAUGGUAUCGCUCAAAGACAGAUGAAGCACUGUUACCAGUACUAAAGCAGUUAAAUGCCCAACAGACUCAGCGCCGAAUAGAUUCUUUUUUUCGAGUGGAACAGCAUGAGGCUCACACUCUGAAGAGUCAGCGGCUGCGUAGGGCUGUAACCUGCAUGAAGAGGAAGGAGAAAGACAGCGUGACUGCGGAAGUAGAGGAAGCCACUGCCGUUAUUGAGAAAGAUGAUGGAAACCAGACAGGACCAAAAUCCAGUAAAAGACGUAAAAAAACACCAAGUAAAAAGAGAGACGAUAAGGCUGAACCAGAGAGUCCUGACAAGGUCUGUGUGGAGGGCGGCUUUAUUGGGUCCAGUGUAAGACCCCUGUCUUCUUAUAAUGAAAACUCAUUCACAGGCAGUGAUUCGGAGACAAACACUGGUACAAUAAGUAAAAAGGGAUCAAAAACAAGCAAAGCCAGCACUGCUGCCCCAAUUAUAAAGGCAGACAAAAUGGAGACAAGCAGUUCGAGUGAGAAUGAAGAGAAGGUGGUGCUUGUGACUGCCAAGCCUGUGUUUCAGGGCAAGAAUAAAAAGUCAAGGACUGCGAGAGGAAGAAAGAAAUGAUCAUGGGCAUAUACUGUAUAUAUAACUUCAUUCAUUGUUCUGUAUAUGAACUUGAUCAUGAUUUCUACAGCGACUUGUAUAAUGAAAUUUAGCAUUUGUUGUCAUGGCUGCUUUUAUUUCUGCUGCUGCAGUCAGGACAAGAACAUGCAUUUUUUUUUAACGUAUCAACUGUCAUAGCUAUACAUCUGUAUGCCCUCUAGUAAAGAGAACACUGCAUGACAGAAACCAAUAUUUUUCUAACUACAUUCUGUGUAAAAGCUAAGUUCUGACAUUAUAAUUAAUAAUAAAUUAAUUUGGCACAAAAUUGUAAA